AUGAUCAACACUCCUCUUACCGAAAAGCUCGGCCUGCGCGUGCCCCUCGUACAGGGUGGCAUGCAGUGGGUCGGCACGCCCGCUCUCGCCGCCGCCGUCAGCAAUGCCGGUGCUCUCGGAACCCUCACUGCCUUAACCCAGCCUUCGCCCGAGGCGCUCCGCAAGGCUAUCCGCGAGACCAAGUCGCUCAUCUCCGAGGACAUCCGCAAGGAGCGUGAGGGCAAGUACGGCUCGUUUGCCGUCAACAUCACCCUCCUCCCUUCCAUCAACCCUCCCGACUACGUCGGAUACGCCAAGGCGGCGCUCGAGGAGGGCGUCCGCAUCUUCGAAACCGCUGGCAACAACCCUGGCGAAGUCAUCAAGGUCGUCAAGGCGGCUGGCGCCUACGUGAUCCACAAGUGCACUGCCGUCCGCCACGCCCGCAGCGCCGAGCGCCUCGGUGCCGACAUGCUCUCGAUCGACGGAUUCGAGUGCGCCGGUCAUCCCGGUGAGGACGACAUCGGCGGUCUCGUUCUCAUGGCUAGGGCCGCUGAGGAGCUCAAGAUCCCCUUCAUCGCCUCGGGCGGUAUCGCCAACGGCCAGGGCCUUGCUUCUGCCCUCGCUCUCGGUGCCGUCGGCGCCAACAUGGGCACACGCUUCAUGUGCACCAAGGAGUCCGAGAUCCACGACAACAUCAAGCGUGCCAUCGUCGAGUCGGACGAGCGCAACACCACGCACAUCUUCCGCACCCUGCGCAACACUGCGCGUGUCUUCAAAGGAGCUGCUGGCGGGAGUGCAACCAAUGGAAGGGCCGCCAUCAACUUUGUAAGCUUGCACCUGGCCCUCUACUGCGUCGACCGGGCUGCGACACCUUUCCAGGGCCCUUUCAUUGGUGACGAGCCUCGGGAUUCAAACCGGUCUUCGUCGGAUCAGAGUACUGCCGGCGCCGUCACCGUCGAGCCGAGCACGGUCGAACAGCCCGGCCAUGAUCCAAACAAGCCGCCGGACCCGAAGCGCGCAAGCCAGGAGCGCGAGACCGAGCUGCAACGACAGGCUACCAAGGAAGGUGCCGUCGAGCUGCUCGGAACGCGCGAUCCAGACAGCUACGCGCUGCAGGAAGAGCAUCAGCGCAAGUGGAAUGCGUGGGGCCUGGCCAAGAGCUACCUGAACGACGAGAUCGACCACACGGCGGCUAAUGUGCCGCUGGCAUGGCAGGCGUUCCUGACGGGAAUGGUCGACAUGCUGCUCUACAGCCGCUCGCAGGUGUGGCUCGGCUUCCAGACGGGCAACAUGGUGCAGUUCUCGUCGAACAUCGCGCAGUUCAUCAUCCCCGGCGUCGAGAGACAGCCGCUGCUGACGCUGCUGCGCAUCCUCAGCGUCAUUGGCUUCUUCCUCGGCUCGCUCGUAGGCUUCCAGCUCGGUCGCCGCAUCGGCCACCAGAAGCGCAGCUGGCUCAUUCUCUCGAGCGUGAUCCAGAGCGCCUUCUUGUUUAGCGGCGCAGGCAUCCUGCUCAGCAGACCGAAGAACGAGCUGCCGUCGUUCGACUGGUACCCGGGCGUGAUCGUGCUGGUGGCCUUCUCCAUGGGCAUGCAGAGCAUUCUGGCGCAGAAGCUCGUCUCGCCAGCGUUUGCCACGACGGUGGCAUUCACGGCGACGCUCACCCAGAUCGCCUCCGACCCGUACCUCUUCCACCUGGUGCCGUCGGAGAAGACCAGGGGUCGUGAUCGCAGGAUGCUGGCUGUGCUGGCGCUGUGUGUCGGUGCGGGCGUUGGCGAGUCCUUGCUGCACACCAGCGCCAACCUCAGCGGCGGCAUCGCCAUCAGCGCCGGCUUCAAGCUCGUGCUUGCUCUUCUUUGGCUUGUGCCCGAAGGCAAGAAGAGCAACACGGCCAAAGCAUCCAAAGCCUAG